GCGGCCUGCUUGCUGGCCUGUUGUGCCGGACAGACAUUGUACGAUCAGGACGGCUGGGCACCCAUCCACCACGCCUCUUUCUUUGACCAUGAGGCCAUCAUCAAACUCAUGGCAAGGAGGAAUAGUCCUGUGAUAGAACUCCUCACUAAAAACGAUGUAAGAUCCACUCCUCUGUUGUUGGCUGCUGGUUCAGGGGGUCUGUCAGCCGUUAAGUGCUUGAUCAAACUCGGAGCUGACAUUUCUCGCGUGGAUGGGGAGGGGAACGGUAUGAUCAAUUUAGCGGCCAUGAGGUUCCACACCAAUGUGCUGGAGUACCUGAUUGAAUGGGGCCAUCAAAAGGCACCUGUCUGGACUAUUCUUGUCAAAAUGCUGUCUGAUCCUGACACAGAUAAAAAGGACAGUGCUGUCAAAUGUCUGGAAGUCCUGUCUACGUCUAAACCAGAGCACUGGAAGUCUAUACUGGAAGCAGGUGGUAUCCCUGCAUUGGUGGGCUUACUACACUCAGACAAUGAGGUCCUGCAGUCUGUCUCCGCCUCCGUCAUCGUAAACAUAUCAGAGCACCAGGAGGUCCGAGAAGCCCUAACCAAAGCCAAAGCCGCUCCUAUCCUAAUCCAGCUCCUGAACUCCCCCGACGACAACAUCCAGUCCCGCGUGGCCAUAAUUCUGUCAGACAUUGCCAGUAUCCAGGGGAACCAGUCUCUGAUCGCAGAGGAGGGGGGAAUUCCCCCGCUGAUAAAUCUGAUGGACUCAGAGUUAGAGGAGGUUCUGAUAAACACGGUGAAUGCCGUCCGGGUGUUGUGUGCGGGAAAUCCCAUUAAUCAGGACGCGGUGGCGGAAAAUGGCGGGAUUGCUUUUCUCAGAGAGUUUCUUACUCUAGAUUCAGAGAAACUGAAGGCUGCCACUGCAGCUUGUAUUGCAGCCAUUUCAGCAGGAAACAAGAAAAAUCAAGAUGCUUUACUGGAAGCAGGGGGUUUAGAACCGCUGGUGGAGAUAAUUAAUGGUACAACUAACGAGACUGUGAGGGUGAAGUGUGCUAAUGCUAUAGAGGCCCUAGCCCAGGACAACCCAGCCUGUCAACAGACGUUCCUACGGAUCAAAGCCCCCACAGCUCUCAAAAAACUCCUCAAGAAUUUCAAUGUAUCAGUGAAGGAGCAUGGUGCCAAGGCUUUAUGGGCUUUAGCCGGAAACACCACGACUCAACAGAAAUACAUCGCAGAGAAAACCAGCAUCCCCGACAUCUGUAGUAUGUUACUGGAGGAUACUGAAAAACUGCUUCAAGUUGGUUGUAUGAUGUCCAUUGCUUUGGGAAGAGAGAAUAUAGAGAACCAGAUAAAACUAGCUCAGACGGAGGCUUUUAAUCAGUUGGUCCGUCUUCUGCGAACUCAUAAAGACUCCCCGCAGGUCAUACUCAUGGUCAUACAAGUGCUUGGAAUUCUGUGUGUUGGUGUGGCUUAUUGCAACAACAAAGUGACCCAGAGGAAGAUAGCAGAAGAGGGGGCGAUCCCCACCCUAGUGACCUAUCUAAAUCAGCCUCCUUCUGAGGAGGUCCAAGUGGAGGUUGCCAUAGCGCUAGGUUGUAUUGUCCUUAGCAACACUCGUAACCAGGAAUUACUGCAGGAGGAGCCAGGGUUUAACUUUGAUGUUCUACUGGAUUUGUUAAAGUCAAAAAGUGAGGCAAUACGAUUAAGGGCAGGAAUGGCUCUUACAAUUUUUGCCUUCAACAACACCCCUCAGCAGUAUGCCAUCAGAGAAGCGGGGGGCAUCAAAUACUCCGUGUUUGAGCCAUUCCUUAAUUCCAGUAUAGAGUAUGAUGUCUGCUAUGCAGCUUUUCAGAUUGUGGUGCUAGCGCGAGUCAUAGUGGACCAGGACCAGGUGAACCUAACGGCCCGUGGGGUGACCCUUCUUGUGGAGAAACUCCACUCAAAAGAAGACAAUGUCAUCGUUCUGGCCGCCAGCCUGCUCUCCAGUCUUGCCCACACUCGCGCGGGAAUUCCGGACGCCAUGGUGACCUCGGGGGCUAUUGAUAUUUUGGUCGAUAAACUCUCCUCCCCCAAUGACCAGGUCAGGAGUGCUUGUGCUGUGGCCCUGGGGUAUUUGACCUUCAACAGGACCGCGGCCAGGAUUCUGUUCAGUGCUUGUAGAAAUACGCCAGGGUUGUACAAGAAACUGGAAGAAAACAUUGGGAAAAAUGCCAAAAUCAGUCAGGAGUUUGUUCAGGACUUUAAACGUGCUAAGAUUGUGGGCCUUCCUUCUCAGUGUCUUGAGAUUAAUGGUGGACCCCCAGUAAUCCCCCCUAGUCGAAACAGUAUGAGACCGAUGACUGGCUCGAUGAGCCGCGCUACGACAGCUCGAGCUACAAGUCGAGCCAAAUCAGCCCCCGGGCAGCGCGGGAAAAGGUCGCCUAACCCCAGUAUAGUUGUAAGUACCCCCGACAACAGUCGCCCCUCCACUGCUGCCACGGUCCGGAUCCACCCCAGCUCUCUCUUCAGACCCGCCAGUGCCACCACCCCCAGCAGAAAAGGGGUGCGGUCCCCCGACCCCACAUUUAAAACUCGUUUGUCUUCUUGGAAGGAGGAAAUCUGAGUCUCAAUAUAUCAACUAAGCUAUUAAUUGUGUUCUAAAUAAAUGCUGGAGGACAAUUUUUUUAUGAUGAUAUUUCCAGAUUGUAAAACCAGACUGUAAUAUA